GUCAGCUGACAACUGCCUGUCAAUCCUUGAAUAAAAAUGGCGCUUCUAGCUAAGGGCAGAGGGAUCGUAUGUCCAUUGGGUCACAAUGUGAGGGGCAUAUACGGCACUUGCAGGACAGGGAACCGGGAUCUGGUGGGAUACGGUACUAACGGCUGCGCGAAUUACAAGGACGAUGCACACUUUCCGUUCCCCGCAGUGAGGUUUAAAGAGAACACGAGGGAUAUUUGUGCUCUCCGCGAGAAGGAGAAAGGCGACUGGAAGCAGCUCUGCUGCGAGGAGAAGAAGGCACUCUACCGCGCGUCCUUCUGCCAGACCUUCAGCGAGUUCCAGCACCCCACCGGCCAGUGGAAGUUCAUACUGGGCUGCGUGUUCAUCACCACCUCCUUCACCUUCUGGUGUGCUAUGUUCGCGCACUAUUACGUGAACGAGCCGCUGCCGGUGACUUUGUCCAAGGAGUACCAGAAGGCGCAGCUGCGCCGGAUGCUGGAGAUCCGCACCAACCCCAUCGACGGGCUGUCCUCCAAGUGGGACUACGACAACGACCGGUGGAAGUACUGAUCCCGUGGCUCUACUAAAGCUUCUGUGAUCAUGGCAGAACAUUAAUUUAAUCACUUAUUCUUAAGUUUUUUAUCGAAACUCCGAAUCUAGUUAAUCUGCUUCUAAAUUCUUUUUACAACAAUAGUUAUGACCUUCAACUGCAGCUGUUGGGUUCCAAAUUGUUACUUUUGAAAGGAGGGCACAGGUUGACUCUUGAACUAGAUUAGUGGUUAUUAUAGUUUAUUGAAUUUAUGACGAUUGUACUGGAAAGAAAAUAAACUUCUGUUUGUUGGAAA